CGGUGCAAGUGCGAGACCUCAACGCGCGGUAAGACCGACUGCUUCUUUGUGGCGUGCGUCACGUAUACGGACAAAAACUAUGGGAAUAUGAUGUGGUCUACGGUGCUAGUGAUCGUGGCGGGUCUGCUGGAGACCUCGUCGUCUCGUCUACCACUGAUAGUGUUCCAACAACACCACCUAUACCACAGACUAGAGGACGUGCUGGAGGAGUUCACGUUGCAGACGACAGUGUCGCCGGAGUACCUGGCGUACAAGACGGAGGACAGGGGCGACUACAGGCCGCUCAGGGUGCUCUACCAAGUGGGGGAAUCAGAAGAGGAACUACCAGUGUGCAGGCCGUGGUCUGUUUGCAGCAAAGUAGACAUGUACGAAUCACCCUGGAUAGAGAGACAAUGCAGGUGUCCAGGCUCUACCAAGUGUUCCUCUAGUCUGUCGUCCAUCGACGGACACACACUCUCUGACAAGACAAGGCAGCUCAAGCUGUGUGAGCCAGUCAAGAAGCUGCCCAAGUGUCGCUACUUCCGUGACGUCACGUGGACGCUGACGUCGGGACCAGACAACGUGACGUCACAGCUGGUACAUUGCCACUGCCCCAGGGGCGCGGUGGCGUACCUCAUCAAACAACAAGCCUUCAAGGGAAGGGACGGUCAGAUAGGCUACCAGUACAGCUUCGCGUGCAGCCCUCAGAGUAGGCUACGGUGCCAACGCAAGGAGCCGUGUCGUCUGUUCACUGUACGCAAGAGGCUGGAACUGCUGGACGAAGUCAACACCAACACUCUAUGUCAGUGUCCUCACAACCACUACUGUCCGACCCAUCACACGGACCCCGGCACAGUCCAGGGGAAGAGCUACGUGGAGGAGAACAUCAGGACUUACUCCGGAUACUGCUUCCCCAAGUAGUGGACUACAGUGCGUUCUGUUACAGAUGCCCCGCGAUGGAACUUUUGACGAGUUAAACUCAUGUAAAGUCUAAGAGUGGAUGUUUCUUUUACUGUGUUAUAAAACGAUUUUAAACUCAAAAUUAACCAUAUAAAAUUAUUGAACUUAAAAACAUUGAAAGGGGUUACUAUGGUCAGUAACAUUAUAAAGCUAUUAUUUAUGUAAAUUCACGAGAGCACAUAGUGAGUCAGUUAUUUGUUUAUUUGUUUGAGUAAAAAGUUGUACAACUACAUAUAACAGACAUUCAAAAUAUAAACAAGGUUAAUGAUUAUAUAUAAUAAAUUUGUUGUUAAUGGUCAUUUUGAAUAAUGAAAAUAUUAAUCUUAGCAACUUAAUGUUAAAUUUACAAGACAUACUUUAUCACAAACAAUUAGGAAUAUGUGAUUUUAACUGAAACUACGGGAAUGGUAACUACUAAACAAUUGUAUUAAUCUUAUUAGAUGGUUGAAGUUUAUUUAUUAAAAGACAUACAAAAUUCACACUACUUUUUAGUAUUUUAAUAUAAAUCAAAGAAUCAGUUCAUAAAAAAUUAUAAACAAAACAUUAUUUCGAAGAAUUAUUAAAAGAAAAAAGAAAAUCACAAUGAAAUAAGUAUAGUAAAUAACCAGUAUUUGGAAAAUAUAUUAAUUUUGUUCUAUGAGCCACAAAAAAAAUAUUGCUUUUCUAUUGCGUUUAAAAUUGAUUUCUUUGUAAAUAUUUGGGGAAAAAUCUAAUGUAACUACUGAAAAAACUGUGUUUAUAUAAAUUAAACAAUUCAACAAUUCGAAUGAUUGAACUUAUAAACAUUGUUUGCAACAAUAACUUAGAAUACAUAACAUUUUACCGAAUGUAUAAAUGGGAUUUUACGUACAAACAUUUACAAUGUGUUGAACAUAGUUAUAAGUUACUAGAAUAAGAGUUAUUAUUUAUUUCAAAGUUUUAUUUUUUGUAGAUAGCGUUUUGUAAAGUUGUGUAACUAAUAUAAAAUUAUGAUAUAUUGUUACGAUUUUAAUAUUUUAGAAGAACUAUUCGGUAAACUGUAUUAUUGUUAGCUGUACAGUGUAGAUAUGAACCUAUGUAAAGUUCAAUGGAUAGAGUCCAAAGUAUUGCAGACUAGUUCUAGUAUAAUUGUACUUGAUCUGUUGAUUGCUUUAUUAGCUCGUAUAGGUGUAGAUAGUUGGUUAGUCGAGGCUUUUUGUACCUGAUAUAGAGGCUAUUGUUGAAGUGUAAGUUGUAUGAAAGAGCUUGAAACUUAUCUACUUCUUUUAGAACUUUGGCAAUAAUUGAGUGUUUUGCAAAUUAUAUAGUGUAAACUGAAAACAGGUUCUUGAAAAUCUGUUAUGUAUAACACUACGAUCGUUAUAAAAUCAAUUAUUAAUUAUAUGUGGGUUUAUUUUAAGAUGAAUUUAAACUUUACAGUGUCUUAAAUUACCAAAGACAACAAUAAAUAAAAAAAUAAACUUCCGAUAUCAAUAUUCAAAAGUGGUAAACCCACUUUUGAGACAAAUCAUUUAUAGUUUACUCGCACAUUACUAAUUAAUGAGAGAAUUCUCUUUUUUACCAGCCAAGAAAUUUUAAAAUCAAAAUCCAAUCUGUUAGACAAUGAAAAAAUCUUGAAACACCUUGCUUGGUUAUUUAAUUACAAGAUAUCUUAGAAAAAACGGUAUGAAUGGACCUAAUUCAUUGUAGAAGUAGAUAAGUUUUGAGAAAGCAAGCAGAGCUUUGCCCUUGUACAAAAUCAAACGCCAAGUCACUACAGAGAAGUGGCGGAGCAAACUAUGUUAUGUUAUUAGUCCCCAGUGUAUUAUAACUGUGAAAUAAACUUUUAUUUAAUUACAA